AUGUCCUCAAAUGCGAAUACAACAGCUACGAUGGAUUCCAUCAAAAAGAAGAUGCAAGCUAUGAAACUUGAAAAAGAAAAUGCUGUCGAUCGUGCCGAUCAAGCCGAACAACGUCAAAAGGAUUUUGAAGAUAAACUCAAAACUUCUGAAGAAGAAAGUAAUGCUUUACAAAAAAAGAUUCAACAGAUCGAAGGUGAACUUGAUGCAGCUCAAGAACAAUUAGCUGAAGCCAACGCUAAACUUGAAGCCAAAGAGAAAGCUGCUACCGAUGCUGAAGCUGAAUUAGCUGGUCUUCAACGUCGUUUACAAUUGGUUGAGGAAGAUCUUGAACGUGCUGAAGAACGUCUUACACAAACUACACAAAAACUUGACGAAGCUUCACAUGCAGCCGAUGAAAGUGAACGUGGUCGCAAAGGUCUUGAACAACGUACAUAUCAAGAUGAUGAACGUAUUGCUACACUUGAACAACAAUUGGCUGAAGCACAACUUAUCGCUGAAGAUUCCGAUAGAAAAUAUGAUGAGGUUGCUCGUCGUAUUGCUAUUAUGGAAGUCGAUUUAGAACGUGCUGAAGAUCGUGCUGAAGCUGCCGAAGCUAAGAUCCUUGAACUCGAAGAAGAACUUAAAGUCGUUGGUAACAACAUGAAAUCACUUGAAGUUUCUGAACAAGAGGCUAUGCAACGUGAAGAAAGUUACGAAGAACAAAUUCGUGAUUUAACUACACGUCUUAAAGAUGCUGAACAACGUGCCGAUUUGGCUGAACGUACCAUGGCUAAAUUGCAAAAGGAAGUCGAUCGUCUCGAAGACGAAUUACUUGCCGAAAAGGAGAAAUACAAGGGCGUAAGCGAAGAACUCGACAUGACAUUAAACGAAUUGUCGGGUUAUUAA